AUGGAUCACAUGACCAUCCCGCUCUCGGCCAUAGCCAUAGCGGCACUGAUCUCAGCCACCGGCGGGUCAGCAGCUCCGGCCAUGAUAGGGCUGCCGGACUGUCAAACCGCCUGCGGUAGCAUGAGUGUGCCGUACCCAUUCGGCAUGGGACCUUCCAGGUGCUACUGGCCAGGCUUUAACCUCACCUGCGACCGCACAAGCAACCCACCGCGGCUGCUCCUUGGCGACGGCACCAUCCAAGUCGUCGAAGACAUCACCCCAGGGUGGCCCGAAGUGACCGUCGUCAUGCACACCGGCUCCGGCAACGGCACACUGGGGAGCCUCGACGACGACGGGCCCUACACGUUGUCAAACGAGAACGAGCUCAUCUUGACGGGGUGCAACGUGCAGGCGACGCUGAAGAUCAACGGCGGCGUCCCCGUCAGCAGCUGCGCCGCCUUCUGCGACUACAGCAAAGGGCCCCUGGAGUACCUGCCGUCGAGGCUGGACAGCAGCGUGCUGUGCUCCGGCAUAGGCUGCUGCCAGGCGCCCAUCGUCGUCAACCGCGAGGUGGCUGCCGCUGCCGGCGGAAACAAGCUUGUCCGGAUAGCCUCCUACGACGUGGAAGUAGCGUCCUUCGGUUGGAACCACAGCGCGGACAGGGAGUGGCCCACGCGCUUGUUCAUCGCCAAGCGAGGGUGGUUCGAGCAGAGCCGGUGGGUCCUCAACGACCGGCCGGAAAAGUUAGCACACCGGCGCCCCCCGUCAAUGGAUGUUCCGGUAAGCCUCGACUGGGAGAUCGUCGUCCUUGGCCAUGGCAACACUACGAUUGAUGAUUCCCGGGACUGCCCCGGGGACGCCUCCCGCAGAGGCUAUACGUGCUACUGCCGGGAGGGUUACCACGGCAAUCCAUACAUCACCCACGGAUGCCAAGAUAUCAACGAGUGUGAGCAGUCAGAAAACCUGAAAUGUCACGGUGUAUGCACUAAUACGGAGGGAUCAUUUGAUUGUCGUUGCCCGCCAGGCACCCGUGGCAACCACGCCCUGCCCGGUGGCUGCGUCAGUUCCGUCGCAGCUAACUGCGACACGAUCUGUGGGGACGUGGCAGUGCCCUACCCAUUCGGUAUAGGCCCGCCCCAGUGCUACCUGCCAGGGUUCAACCUCACCUGCGACACAAGCCACGACCCCCCACGGUUGCUUCUCGGUGACGAUGGCAGCCUUCGAGUCGUGGAGAUCUCCCUCCAGAACAACACAGUGCGUGUCACCGGCAAGGCCGGUGCCCUUACAAUUACCGGCAGAACAAUUGCUGCUUCGGAUGAUUUCAGCAGCAUCUUCAGGGCACGCGGAGAGGCACCCUACUCGUUGUCCACCCGCAACGAGCUCACUCUCACGGGGUGCAAUGUGCAAGCAAUGCUACUUGGGGAUGGCAACCCGGCCACCAUCAGCGGAUGUGCUGCCCUCUGCUCCUUCAAUGACACCAGCGUGCUGACCAAUGAAGACGAGCUUUGCCACGGUAUCGGCUGCUGCCAAGCACAAAUCUCCAUGUCCAAGGAUGGCAUGCCCAAGGAGUUAUCCUUGCAAUGGUUCGACCAGAACAACUACCAGAACCUGGUAUCCACGGCCCCGUACAUGUUAAUCGCAGAGGAAGGGUGGUUCAAUAAGCGGCGCUUCAUCGGGGAACUAGAUCGUAAGACUCAUCAGAACCUGGAGGUUCCCAUUGUUCUGCAUUGGGAGGUCUUGCAGCCUGGCUCAUCGCGUACCUCAGCUACACUGAGAUCGCAGAACCAAAUUUGCCCCCAGGAGAUAGCCAACAACAUCUGCAAGAGCAAGCACAGCCACUGCAAAUCAGGGAACAGAGGCUACUCUUGCCAAUGUGACGAAGGGUACCACGGCAACCCCUACCUCGUCCGUGGUGGGUGCUCAGGUACAAACAUGAGCUUAUCAGGUCUAAGUGCCAUAAUGGGUAUUGCCUGUGGGGCGAGUCUCGUCCUUUUGGUUCUCGCAGCAACCUAUGUUUCCAGAAAAGUAAAACACCGGAAAGCACAAAUGUUAAAACGGAAAUUCUUCGAGCUGAACCGUGGGCAACUUCUGGAACAGUUGGUAUCUCAAAGAGCAAGCAUAACGGAGAGGAUGAUCCUCACCCUUGAUGAGCUUGCAAAGGCGACAAAUAACUUUGACAAAUCUCGGGAACUUGGUGGUGGUGGGCAUGGUACGGUCUACAAAGGGAUUUUGUCGGACCUCCAUGUCGUAGCCAUCAAGAAACCAAAGAAGGUGCUUCAGAAGGAGAUUGACGAGUUCAUUAAUGAAGUUGCUAUUCUAUCUCAAAUAAACCAUAGAAAUGUGGUAAGACUCUAUGGUUGUUGCCUUGAAACCGAAGUCCCGAUGUUGGUCUAUGAGUUCAUAUCCAACGGAACCCUUCACGAUCAUUUGCAUGUUGAAGGGCAAGGAUCAUUAUCAUGGGAUGAUAGGCUCAGAAUAGCAAUUGAAACAGCAAAAUCUCUAGCCUAUCUUCACUCAACUGCUUCAAUACCAAUCAUCCAUAGAGAUGUCAAGUCUGCUAACAUACUCUUGGAUGAUACUUUAACAGCAAAGGUAGCGGACUUUGGGUCCUCAAGACAUGUUCCCAUGGAUCAGUCAGGGGUAACAACGAGGGCCCAAGGUACAAGAGGAUAUUGGGACCCGAUGUACUUCUACACGGGGCGUCUCACGGAGAAAAGUGACGUUUACAGCUUUGGAGUCGUCCUUGUGGAAUUGCUAACCCGGAAGAAACCCUUUUCAUAUAUUUCUUCGGAUGGUGAGGGUCUUGUUGUACAUUUUGUUAACCUGUUUGCAGAAGCCAAUUUGUUCAAAAUAAUAGAUCAACAAGUUAUGGAGGAUGGAGGAAAAAAGGUCGAGAAAGUGGCCGCAAUUGCAGUAGCUUGCCUAAACUUAAGAGGCGAGGAUCGUCCAACCAUGAGACAAGUGGAGCUGACACUAGAAGAGGUGCAUACAACCAACGAGCAUAUUUUGGAACAAAUGUCAACCAAGAAGGUCGAGGAGCAUUAUGUUGCAAUAAACUGCCCAUCAACUAAGUUGAGAAUAAACCACGAGGGAUCGACUAGACAAUAUAGUAUGGAAAAAGAGUUCAUUGCAUCUGGAAGUUAUCCUCGGUAG